AGGAGAAAGAGCGAAAGGCUUUUGGGCCGCCGAGGCCGCCGUAGCGAGGGGGCGUGGCCCGGAAGGGACCAGGAUGGCGGCGCUGAAUAGUGACAGCGACGAGGACCUGGUCAGCUAUGGGACCGGCCUGGAUCCUCUGGAAGAAGGUGAAAGACCAAAGAAACCAAUUCCUCUUCAGGAUCAGACUGUCAGGGAUGAAAGAGGAAGAUACAAACGAUUCCAUGGAGCCUUUAGUGGAGGUUUCUCUGCUGGCUACUUCAACACCGUCGGCUCCAAAGAAGGAUGGACACCCUCUACCUUCGUGUCUUCCCGACAGAACAGAGCAGACAAAUCUGUUCUUGGUCCUGAAGACUUUAUGGAUGAAGAGGACCUCAGUGAAUUUGGGAUAGCACCUAAAGCAAUUGUUACCACGGAUGAUUUUGCUUCAAAAACCAAAGAUAGAAUACGAGAAAAGGCCAGGCAGCUGGCAGCUGCUACAGCCCCGAUUCCCGGAGCCACUCUCCUCGAUGACUUCAUAGCACCAGCCAAAUUAUCUGUUGGUUUUGAAUUGCUAAGAAAAAUGGGUUGGAAAGAAGGACAAGGAGUCGGUCCUCGAGUAAAGAGAAGGCCACGCCGACAGAAACCUGAUCCCGGAGUAAAAAUCUACGGCUGUGCGUUACCCCCUGGAGGCUCUGAGGAAUCUGAGGAUGAAGAUGAUGACUACUUGCCUGAUAAUGUGACCUUUGCACCCAAAGAUGUCACACCUGUGGAUUUUACACCUAAAGAUAAUGUGCACGGACUGGCUUACAAGGGCCUGGAUCCCCACCAAGCACUGUUUGGAACUUCGGGGGAACAUUUUAAUCUUUUCAGUGGGGGAUCUGAGGGGACCAGCAAUCUUCUUGGCGGUCUUGGACUGAAUAAAGGAAGAAAAUUGGGAAUUUCAGGCCAGGCAUUUGGUGUAGGUGCCUUGGAAGAAGAGGAUGACGACAUCUACGCCACAGAAACUCUGUCCAAGUACGACACUGUUUUGAAGGACGAGGAGCCUGGAGACGGACUCUAUGGCUGGACAGCGCCCAGGCAGUAUAAAGGUCAGAAAGAACCAGAGAAAGAUCUUCGAUACAUUGGCAAAAUUUUGGAUGGAUUUUCCUUGGCUUCUAAACCUUUAUCUUCUAAGAAAAUUUAUCCACCCCCUCAGUUGCCAAGAGACUAUCGGCCGGUGCAUUAUUUCAGACCUGUGGUAGCUGCGACCUCUGAGAACUCCCACUUACUUCAGGUGUUAUCAGAGUCAGCGGGAAAGGCAAUACCUGACCCAGGGACACACAGUAGGCACCAGCUGAAUGCUUCCAAGCGGGCGGAAUUGCUAGGAGAGACACCUCCUCGAGGCUCAGCUACAUCAGUGUUGGAAUUUCUGUCUCAAAAAGACAAGGAGAGACUCAAAGAAGUGAAGCAGGCCACUGACCUGAAAGCCGCUCAGCUCCAGGCCCGGGGUCUGGCCCCGAGUGCCCCAAGCAGCAGAGCUCAGCCCUCUGCUCCUGACGUCGGGCAGUGUUCUUGGCGCGUGCCAUGGGCCGGUGGGACAGCCACCACAAGAGCUAGCAACUUCAAGCCUUUCGCAAAAGAUCCGGAAAAGCAAAAACGUUAUGAAGCGUUCUUAGCACAUGUGAAAGAGGGCGAGAAAGAUGCCCUGGAGCGUUGUCUGGACCCCAGCAUGACGGAGUGGGAGCGAGGGCGCGAGCGGGAAGAGUUUGCCCGGGCGGCCCUCCUGUACGUGUCUUCCCACUCGACCUUGUCCUCCAGGUUCACUCACGCCAAGGAGGAAGACGACUCUGAUCAGGUUGAAGUGCCUCGAGACCAAGAGAAUGAUGUUGGUGAUAAGCAGUCAGCUGUGAAGAUGAAGAUGUUCGGAAAGCUCACCCGAGACACGUUUGAGUGGCACCCUGACAAGCUUCUAUGUAAGAGGUUCAACGUCCCUGACCCUUAUCCAAAUUCCACUAUAGUUGGCUUACCAAGAGUGAAGCGUGACAAGUACUCAGUGUUCAACUUUCUGACAGUCCCGGAGACAGCCUCCUUGCCCACAGCUCAAGCAUCAAGUGAAAAGGGGCCGCAGCACCGAGGUCCUGACAAAUCGAGGAAACCAUCCAGAUGGGACACAUCUAAACAAGAAAAGAAAGAAGAUUCUGUUAGUGAAUUUUUAAGUUUGGCUCGAUCAAAAGUCGGCCCUCCUAAACAAGAGUCCAGUCCAGUAGUGGCCCAAGAGGAAGUGCGUGCACCUAUCUCAGAAUCACCCUCAGACACGAUGGUAAACAAAGGUGUGGACUCACAGGCUGAAGAAGGCAGCCGCCCAUCCAUGGACUUGUUCAAGGCUAUCUUUGCCAGCUCCUCAGAUGACAAGUCCUCGUCCUCUGAGGAUGAGCAAGGUGACAGUGAGGAUGACCCGGUGGAGACUAGGGGGGCCAGCUUCAUGAGUUCCCAAGGCACCGACUUGAGGGAAUCGUCUUCGACACAGGCUCCUGAGCCAGCUCCCCAUGAGCCACCGGCACCUUCGUUCCCUAUACAAAAGAUGCAGAUUGAAGAAAGAGAAGAGUUCGGCCCUCGCCUGCCCCCGGUCUUCUGCCCCAAUGCUCGUCAGAAACCCAAGGAACCUCAGAAAGAGAAACACAAGAAGAACAAAGAAAAACAUAAGGCUAAGAAAGACCACAAACGAAAGAAGGAGAAGAAAAAGAAACACAGGAAGCACAAACACAAAGGCAAGCAAAAGAAAAAAACAGAGAAAAGCAGCAGUUCUGACAGCAGUGACAGCAGUGACGGCCAGAGUGACGAGGAAGGGGGCGGGGACGUGUCCCCACAGGAGCUGCUGAGACGGCUGAAAUGUCUCCCGCUAAGGAGGCAGUGAUCGGAUUCCACCCGGCCUCAUCCCAGAAACAGAUCUCUUCCCUGACAGAAGCUCAUCGAUUGUUCGGUUAACAUGUUGUACAGAUUGUGUUUAUAUGUAAAUUCCUGCUGUAAAAUAAUUUUUGACACCUUGACAUUUCGAAGACACCUUGAAAGGUGCAGGAACAACUUUCUGUUUCUGUAUCUAAUUUCAGUUAGUGUCAGAGGAAAAUAUA